AUGCUGUCGCAGAGAUAUACCAGUCGGCAACGAGGCCAGAGUUGCCUGUGUCAUGGAACUAGUUAUAGGGCGAGAGGCGAACGCCUACACGGUCAGCCUGAUGGCCUCGGACAUCGCCUCGAUGACUUCGAGGACAAAGCGGCAGCGGUUAGCGAUGGAGUGUCUGUCAUCGUCGGUCCGGAUGUUGACGUCGUCAUGGAGGAACUGGUCGAGGAUAUAUCGUUCACCCCUGACGGGUCUGCUGGACUCAAACCAAUGCACGCUCUAGGCAGAGAGAUACCAUUGAUCUCAAUCCCAUCGACAACGGCUUCGAUGGCUGGCUUCGAUGGCUGGCUUCGAUGGCUGGCUUCGAUGGCUGGCUUCGCCGGCGUGUUGUGUUUGGUCCAUCCAGGGUCGUCCCACUGA